AUGCAGUGGCGGGUGAUUGUUUUGUUAGUGUUUGUGUGUGUGUACAGAGUGCUUGGAUAUUGUCCAUCACUCUGUUUGUGUAAGAGCAACAAACCCACCGACACGCCAUUGAUGUUUGGUCCUGGAGGAGCCCCCGAGCCCAUGCCAGGGGAGCUCCUGAGGUUAAAAUGUGGAGGGACGCCGGCACAGAUCACCGAACUGAAGGAAAUUGAUUUAAGCAAAUUAUGGACCAAUGUGGUGAAUCUGAAUUUGUCUGGUAAUGCCAUAUCAACAUUAUCAAGAGAACUGCAUCUACCAAAUUUACAAAAAUUAGACUUAAGCAAGAACCAAAUAUCUUUAAUAGAGUCAGAUGCAUUUUACAAUAUGACAACUCUACAGAGGCUCGACUUAUCAAAUAACCAGAUCAGUAAGAUUUACAAAGAGAUGUUCAAGGGACUUAUCAACUUGGAGCGACUGAUCUUAGCACAAAAUCACAUAUCAGUGUUAGCGUUUGGCACUUUUGACUAUCUGAUAGAACUGAAACAAUUAGAUAUAUCAGAUAAUCCUUUGAUAUGUGACUGCAAUAUGCUCUGGGUUGGAGACUGGGCAUCCAACACCAGUGUCAAACUUGUUGGCAAUCCAAAAUGUGCCUUCCCUGAGAACAUGGCGACAAAAGUAGUGAAAAAACUGCGGAUAUACUUAGAUCUGUCAGAAUGUACCAAUGUUUUACCUUCAAAGACUUUAAUAGUGAAACCAGCAUAUGACCAAGUUGUCUUUGAAGGUGAUACACUUACAUUGACAUGUAAUGCACCAUUUGCAUCAGCUUUGACUGACUAUAAACUGAAAUGGGUCCAUCCAAUGUUAGAAGUUUGCGAUGUCAAUAUUACAAAUACAAACAUGAUGGAAGAAGGUAUUGCCGAGACAGCAGUAUACUUUCCUAAUAUAACAAACCAUCAUAUGGGUAAUUGGACGUGUAUUUACAGCGAUACAAAUUUCAUAGGGCACAACCAUACUAUUGAAGUGUUGGUGUUUUCAAACAAAACCCGUUAUUGUAUGACCAAUCAUACAAUAAACAACAAAGGUUUGUACUCCUGGCCUCAGCUGCUAUUGAAUCAUACUGCGGCAGUACCUUGUAGGAAUGGGGAUGGUUUAGCCUAUAGGCACUGCCAUGCUAAUGCUACAUGGGGCUCAGCAAACACAACAGAAUGUUCCUACAUCAGUAAUGUGACCAAGUUACUUCAGCAAUUUGCUUUAUUGAAUGUGAGUUUAGUGCAGUAUUCUGCUUUGAAUGCAACGGAGAGACUGGCGAUGCUAAUUCAGGAGAAGACAUAUCCGUUGGCUGAAAUUACAGAUCCUGAUGAUGUAAUGUUCAUUGCGGAUGCUAUCAAAAAUUAUAUGCAGUACAUAACCGAGGAAAGGGACUUAGGUGCAAAACUGUUGGACGUGAUAAGUGCAGCGAUGAACAUCAGCAAGCCGGUGCUGUCGCUGGCGGAGCAGCAGCACGGCGCCUGCACCCGAAUGCUGAGCGCCGCAGAGGACAUCUCUGCAUACAUCAACAACGUGCACGGACAAAAGGCGAACCUGGCCGUGGAGCGGUUCCCCGUGCGCGAGGGCUUCAGCGGCGUGACGUGCUUGUGGUACAGCCCGGCGCCCCCCGGCCCCGCCCCCGCCCCCGCCCCCGCCCCCGCCCCCGCCCGCACCCCCGCCCCCGCCGCCGCCCCGCGCCUGCACUGCACCACCACCAACCGGACCGUGGAGCGGCUGUUGACCGUCACCGACGCAUACAUACACGCCAGCGUGCAGAUACCACAAUCAUUUCUGUACAGCACAACAGAAUCAGGGAGCUUGCAGAUCAAGUCUCAAGACCUAGUGGUGGCUAUGUACGAGGACGCAUCACUGUUUCCUCUGCUGCCGGAGCAGAACGAAAGCGGACCCUACUGGAGCUACAGAGCGAAGGACUAUUACGGAAGAAGUACCAAGAGGGAAGACAUGAAUAUGGAAAUCACUACGCCGGUUGUUGGAUUUCAGUUGGCGGGAGGGGAGUGGGGCGGGGAGGUGCUGCUGGAGCCGGUGAUAGCGACGCUGCGCGCGCGCACGUCUCCGUCGGCCGCACGUGUCGCUCUCUGGUCCGCGCGCAGUCCGCGCUGGGAUGACACCGCCACGGAUUGCAAAAUAACUCACGCUAUAUCCGAUAUGAUUAUCAUAAGCUGCACCAAACUGGCAUAUGUAGGACUACUGCAGAACGUUGAAACUGGUAUUUAUGGGGCUAGAACGGACGGAGCUCGAUUCAAGGUCUCCCAUCCAGCUGUAUACGUCGGCAGCCUUAUACUAAUCGGGUGCGUUAGUUGUGCUACACUUACAUACAUCAUGUGUUACCCAGCUAUACAAAUGGCCAAGAAGACCAAACACGCAUUAAUCAACACUUGGAUAGCCAUCGGCCUACUUUGCUUCAUGUACACAUUAGGCAUAUACCAAACGGAAGAUAUAAAGUUAUGCCAAAUAUUGGGACUGCUGAUACACUAUCUGUCUCUCUCUUGCUUGUUAUGGAUGUGCGUAUCAGCUAGUAAUAUGUACAAAUGGGUGACAAAGACGCACAAUCCUGUCAGGACACCAGAAGAUGAUAUUCCUCCCGAUGUGCCGGUACAGAAGCCAAUUUUAGGGCUCUACUUAGUAGGAUGGGGGAUAGCUUUGAUUGUAUGCGGAAUAUCUGGAGCGGUCAACUUAAAAGACUAUGCAGGUUAUUCGCAAUGCUUUUUAAGUACAGCUCCAGCGUUAAGUGCUUUAUUUGUACCUGGUGGUAUAUUGCUAAUAUUCUUACUUAUAUUAUUCUUACUCAUACGCUGUACAAUCAGGAAUAUGAAUGUACAAUUAUCAGAAGGGACACAAGCGACUGAGAAUGUGGAUUUAGAGAUGUGGGAACCUAAUCAGACCAAUGAGGGCACGGAGAGAAGAAGUAUCAAGUCUGCUGCGGAUUCGGAAAUUGAUGAUAUAGAACAUACUCCAAUAAUACAGUUGCGUGCGCAAGUUAUAGUAUUGUGUUUGUACAUGUCUGUUUGGUCUUGUGGGGCGAUCACAGUGUAUAGACCUCUACCAGCCUAUUUGCCCUACCAGGAGGAUAUAUGCAGUAUUAUUUACGCCGUCUGCGCAACCGUAUUGGGCACUUUUAUACUAUUCUUCUAUGGGAUUGCUAGAAGUGACGUCAGAGCGCAAUGGUCGAUGAUGCAUUGCUAUCUGCAGAAGAGUAAGCAGUGCUGCAGGAAUAGGAGUGUUUUUGACACUAAUCAACAGAAUUUACCUGGUGUACCCACUUCUACUACCCCCAUGACUCUUCCGAUACCCAAUGACAACAGAUCUAGAUCUGGCAGUAGAAGUUCUAAUAGAACUAAUUCAAAAACAAAUAAUAGCGGAACUUAUAAAGCUGGAGCUGAAUUAAACGGACAGACACUUCAUAAAGAUCAUAUUAAAAACACUAACGGAAAAGCAGCAAAUAUAAAUUUAGUCGUAUUACAUAGACAGCAAUAUAGAUCAAAUAACUCGAUGAUGACAUAUCCUGAAAACGGUAAUGUUGGUCCAGAAAUAUUCUAUAAUCCUAACCAAAUGAAUGUCGCUAAGAAGUUCUUUAAGAAACAGAGGCAGAAUAUGAAGAGAAAUUGCCUGGAACUCCCUGUUAGAAGAGAUUGUGAUAAUGAUUCGCAUAUUUCCCUUCCGUUACCGACUAGAGAAGCUUACAGUGGCAUGGCAAAUAUUAUUAACUCAGGUUCAAAAGUCAAUAAUACUAAUAUACAUGUGGAGCGAUCAAAUAAUGGGAUCAAAGAAACGCGUAAUGUGAUUAAUCCAAACUUAUUGGAGGAGGAACCGAAAGAUAACUAUAAGAAAUAUUCAAUGGACAGGAAAUCGUGGAACAAAAACGAAGAUACUAAACCUAGGGUUCAGAUUAUGAAUAUUUAUACAAAUGUGCCUGAAACUCAGGUACCUCAGCAUCAGAUUGUUAAGGCUAAUGCGCCAAAACCAUUUUCUUGUCAAAGGAGCAGUGUCUCUGAAGAGUGUCUACAAAGUCACGCAAGCGAACAACCAGAAAUGCGAACAAUUUCACAGCAAUGUAGUUUAGAAUACAGUUCAGCUUCAGAGAUAGCCUUACCACAUACAUGCUCCGAUCAGACAUUAAACACUCACUCAGAACUGACUUCGUUUCAGGAGACCCACAGUGCCUUAUGCUCGACCAAUGAAAUCACUGACACAGAAAGCUUUGGCCAAUAUAUAGACUAUAUUCAACCCAAGCAAGACGCCAAAGAUGGUAUAGAUAAGUCCUUACAAGAUAUAUCUGAAGAAUGCACUAUGAACAGUGACGAAAUCAACCGGUCGAGCACCCCGCACCGUUUAGACGAGACAGGUUUGGGAGAAAUGGACAACUUACUCCAGAAUCCAGACAACGACUUGACCGAUUCGAAGGAAAAAAUAGAUGAAGAUAAAGAAGGUUUUUUCAUGGCCAAAACGACGUAUGACUUUGAAACAUGCAGCACAAACGCCAGUGAACAGGGCUUCGAGAACGAAAGCGAUAUUUACUGUCCUAAUUACCAAAUGUCCGAGGUGAGUAUACGAAGUCAUGGCCUGUACGCCCCUUCGCCGUCAUCGAUGUGUCCGAACGAGAUAAGUUUCAGUAACGAAGACGUGUCGAAUCUCGAGAGCCAGUACGUGAAUUACGAUCCGGGUUGGCGGAAGACGAUAAAAAGUAACCCGAAGCUAGGGAAAUACGUACCGACGCCAGCGUUGAGUUGUCCGGAAGUGAAUCGUGACAGUAGCCCAGUGUCGUUUGCUAGUGAGUUGGACGAGUUGUACACGCAGAUAACCAGUAGGGAUAAAGAGAGGACCCCGCGGAAGGAGAUGGGCUUAGAUGUGACAGUGAAUAGUGACGUCACGCUGAAGCCCGCCGAUAGUGACAGUUGUGUGAGUGAAGCUAUUUCUGACGUUGAUGUUAAUGGUGAAACAACAGUGUAAAUUUGGUUGUGUACAGUUGGCAUAAAAAAUGUGACAUAAAAUUGAUACGUUCUCGCUUUGUUAGUUAAUCUAAUUAGUCGAAAUGUUGACAAAGUUUUAACUUCUGCUAAUAUUAUUUAUGUUAAUGUAUUGAUAAAUGGUCAAAGCAAAAUGCUUAGAAAAUCAUUGAAUUCUCGAUACGAUAAUUAAGUUUUAUUUUCAAAAUGACUGUUUUUUGUACUUCAUAUAUUCCAUGAAUU